CAGAGGCUGAGCUGCUGCUGCUGCUGCUGCUGAGACUCCAGCCUACUUUACAUACACACAGGACUCCGCAGCAGCGACAGCCAGCCUGCUCACACACACACACACACACACACAGGCCGGGACAGCGCGAUGUCUUCCCCCAGCGCAGCCUCCUCCUCCAUCCCCGCGGGGCCCCUGGAGCCCAAGAGGAAGACCAAGAAGAAGCAUUUCGUUCAGCAGAAGGUGGAGGUCUUCCGAGCCAGUGACCCGGUGCUGAGCGUCCUGAUGUGGGGAGUCAACCACUCGAUUAAUGACCUGAGCCAGGUGCCCGUACCUGUCAUGCUGCUGCCGGACGACUUCAAAGCCAGCACGAAGAUCAAAGUGAUCAACCACUGCUUCAACAAGGAGAAUCUACCGGGCCAGUUUAAAUUCAAAGAGUACUGCCCUCAGGUGUUCAGAAACCUGCGAGAGCGCUUUGGCAUUGAGGAUCAAGAUUACCAGGUUUCUCUGACCCGCUGUUCUCCCCUUCGAGAUGAGGAGGGGAAGUACUUGGGAGUGCGGCUGACAUCAUACGACCGCACCUUGGUGGUAAAAGAAAUUUCCAGCGAGGAGGUGGAGGAAAUGCACAGUGUCCUGUCAGAAUAUCACCAGCAUGUUGUCACCUGCCACGGCAGCACGCUGCUCCCUCAGUUCCUCGCCAUGUACAGGCUGACGGUGGAGAGCGAGGACACCUACCUGUUAGUGAUGAGGAACAUGUUCAGCCACAGACUGCCCGUGCACAGGAAGUACGACCUGAAGGGCUCCGUGCUGACCCGUGAAGCAAGUUUUAAAGAAAAGGUCAAAGAGCUGCCCACAUACAAGGAUGCAGACUUCUUGAACAGCAUGCAGAAGAUCUAUGUGAGCGAAGAGGAGAAGGAGAAGGUGAUGAACAAGCUCAGCAGGGAUGUCGAGUUCCUCGUGCGUAUGAGGAUCAUGGACUACAGUCUGCUGCUGGGCAUCCACGACGUCGAGCGAGCCGAGAGAGAGGAGGAGGAAGACGUGGAGUCAUCCUGCGAGGAGGAGGAGGAGGAGGAUGAAAACGACCCGGCUGUCCCUCCAUGCUCCACCUCACCGGAAGGCAUCGCCGGCUACAUGAGCUCCUUCAAACUCAUGGGUCCUGGGGAGUUCGACCCCUACGUGGACAUGUACGCGGUCCAGAGCGCCGUGGGUGCUCCUAGGAGGGAGGUGUACUUCAUGGGUCUGAUUGAUGUGCUGACGCAGUAUGAUGCCAAGAAGAAAGCCGCUCACGCUGCCAGGGCUGUCAAACACGGGGCAGGAGCUGAAAUCACAACGGUUCAUCCUGAGCAGUAUGCGAAACGUUUCAAGGAGUUCGUCGCUAAGAUCAUUGCCUAGCUCAAGGGUGCUUCGUCUUUGAAUGCAGAGCUUAACUGCACGAUACACCCACAAGAACCGCAGAACAUUUACAGCCAAACAAUCUAUGCAAACAUAUUUAUAUUCCUGAAAUCUUUAAAAAUGUUCACACAUUUUGUAGUCUUUUUGUAGGUUUUCCUCUGUUAUCGUGCUACAUUUUACUCCAUCUUCAUAUGAACUCCGACCAGCUUCCUUGUAUAGCGUAAGGUAACUGUCAAUAAAAACGUAUGCGUUGCUGUCUGAAUCUGUAAA